CGUGUGCACGCGCCGUUCUCGCGAGCAGGACGAAGAGGACGCCAUGGGACGCUGCCGCCUUCGAGAGCAAGGGCUGCUCCUCCUGCUGGUCGCGGCCGCCCAGGAGCCCCACGGCGCCGGCGCGAGACGAUCCGCCGCCGGCCGGGCCGACCUGGCGGCGGUCAGCUGGCUGCGUCCUCCGGCCGAGUUCGUGGUGCCGUGCUCGGUGCGCGCGCGGGGCUUCGACGGCGACCAGCAGGCGGGCGUGGUCAGGGCGCACAACGAGUACCGCAGCCUCGUCGCCAAGGGAGGACUGCACGGCUACCAACCCGCGGCGGACAUGUGCGAGACCACGUGGGACCCGGACCUGGCGGAAGUGGCGCAGUCGUACGUGGAACAGUGCGCGCCGCAGAGUGAGGCCGUGCAGGCACGCAACUUCAUCGAGCAGGGCCAGAACCUGUGCCUCCAGACGCUGCCGGACACCGCCAACGACACGGGAUUCGAGGCCUGCGUCGCCGCCUGGUUCAGCGAACACGCCGGCUGCUCCAAGGGCAUCAUCGAGUCGUACAGGAACGCCAGUGGCCGCGACGAAACCUCCUGCGAACGUUUUACCCAGCUCGUCUGGUCCCGGAGUCAGUACGUCGGCUGCGGCUUCGCGCUCGUCGAGUCCAUCGACGGCGUCACGCGGAACCUGUACGCGUGCAACUACGACGAGCCGGGCAACCAUCCGGGCACGGCCGUCUACGCGCCGGGCCCCACGUGCUCGUCCUGCCCCAACUACACGACCUGCGUCGCCGAGCUGGGCUUGUGCCGCGUCGACCAUCUGACCGUCGAGGACAUGAGAGCUCCCGAAGCCCCAAACAGGGGUCGCGGCGACGUCACCGUCUCGUCCAGCCAGACUUUGACGUUGGCCAUGUCUUCGUCCGUGCUGGCGGCGCUGGUCCACGCGACACUACUGUCGUGAGAGGGCUGCAUAGCGGUCGCUCAAAACACGAGCCCAGUGACCGCGGUGCGGCUGUGAACGUUGCCCACGCAAGUGGUCACUGUUGCGCCGCGUAUUGCGGUGGAACGCCUAUUUCUUCCGCGAACUGAUGUUAUGAGACCGUUUCUGAUGGCAGAAGGCUUCUUCUCAAGCUCUUCCUGCUUUUUAAAUAUGUGCGUAAAUAAAAGUCGUUUUGUAUGGUA